AAACGUCAACCAUGAUUGUAAACAAAAACAAGCGGAGGCAACUGCGACUCGCAACAAAUUUGGGUGAAAUGGUUUGAAAAUAGCCAGAAAUUUAGACAAAAACUGCACAAAAUGGAUCUUUUGCAUCCGCAAUUGUUGAGUAAGCAACAGUUGCUGGAUAUUUUUCGGCAGCGACAUUUCACAAUCCCCCGGCUGGAGGAAUCGACGCGGGAUGAGUUAAUCCAGUUGUACACAAAGCAUCUGCUGCCACAGCCUCGAAGGGGGACCCCGGGAUCGGGUUCCAGUGCCGACGGCCCGCAGGAUGUGGAAAUGAAGGACUGCUCACCACCAUCCAACGGAGAUGCAAGUCGGAAGCGGAACAACGUACGACAACGGAUCGUAUACGGAGACAGUCCGGCGGUGGACAACGUUAGUCAUGGGAUGAAGAAGAUCAGAUUGAUUAGUAGUAGCGGUACUUUUGCUACCAAUGUUGGGACGAAUGGGACUGGAACGAGGAGUUAUGUGGGUCAGCACAAUAGUAGCAGCGUGGUGGUCAAAAGAUCUCUUGAAAUUAGUCCUGGAAAAACUGCGACAAUGAGCGAAGCGGCUAAUAAUUCUUCUAGCAAGCGGCAGAAGAUUACUUGGCCGUAGGAAUUUCGGAGAUUAUUACAAGUCUUACAGUAUUUUUAAGCACGAUGAUUAUACUUAAGUAAUAAAUUGAUUUUACUUAGUGAA